CUUGCGAAACAAUCAUUACAGCUUAUUGGUCUGUACAAGACUUAAUAUUGUGCAAGCAAAGGAGUCGCAAAAAGGAAUAGCUGUCUAUAGAAUGAAAUACGCCAUAGUAAUUGCCUGUGCCGCCCUUGCGGUGGCCAGCAUCAAUGCCGCCAGUGUGCCGGGCGUGCAGCCGGGCGGGCAGCCGGGCGUUAAGGCAAUCGACAACCAACUCUACCGCCGUUAUGUGUGCGUUCAUAAGCCCGAUGGAUUCCGCGCUUUGGUCCCCGGAAGUUGCUCCCAGUACUACGAGUGUCAGUCAGGUGUGGCCCUUGUCAACGUCUGCUCGCGCUUCUUCGAUGCCAAGGCCCAGGGCUGUGUCAACUACAACACUGGCUGCAUAGAGUUUCAGCCUGCAUCGGCAAGCUCUCCUGUAGGAGGCUCGAUCGCCGCAGUGCCGUGUGCGGAGGAAACUACAACCUGUGCACCACAAAUCACAACUACAACAACCUGCACGCCAUCUAUCACAACCACAACCUGCGCACCAACAACCACAACAACCUGUACACCAGCCAGCGUAACAACCACAACAACCUGUGCGCCAGAAAUUACAACUACAACAACAUGUACACCAGUAAUUACAACUACAACAACCUGUGUACCAACAACCACAACAACCUGUACACCAGCUACGACAACAACAUGUACCCCAGAAAUUACAACUACAACAACCUGUGCACCAACAACCACAACAACCAGUACACCAGCUUCGACAACAACAUGUACCCCAGAAAUUACAACUACAACAACCUGCGCACCAACAACCACAACAACCUGUGCACCAACAACCACAACAACCUGUGCACCAACAACCACUCCAACCAGUGCACCAACAACCACAACAACCUGUACACCAGCAAUCGUAACAACCACUACAACCUGUGAACCAGAAAUUACGUCUACAACCACAUGUACCCAAGAAAUUACAACUACAACAACCUGUGCACCAACGACGACAACAACCAGUACACCAGCUACCACAACAACAUGUACUCCAGAAAUUACAACUACAACAACCUGUGCACCAACAACCACGACAACCUGUGCACCAACAACCACUCCAACCAGUGCACCAACAACCACUCCAACCAGUACAUCAACAACCACAACAACCUGUACACCAGCAAUCGUAACAACCACAACAACCUGUGAGCCAGAAAUUACGUCUACAACCACAUGUACCCAAGAAAUUACAACUACAACAACCUGUGCACCAACGACCACAACGACCACAACAACCUGUACACCAGCUACCACAACAACAUUUACUCCAGAAAUUACAACUACAACAACCUGUGCACCAACAACCACGACAACCUGUGCACCAACAACCACUCCAACCAGUGCACCAACAACCACAACAACCUGUACACCAGCAAUCGUAACAACCACAACAACCUGUGAGCCAGAAAUUACGUCUACAACCACGUGUACCCAAGAAAUUACAACUACAACAACCUGUGCAUCAACGACCACAACAACCUGUACACCAGCUACCACAACAACAUGUACUCCAGAAAUUACAACUACAACAACCUGUGCACCAACAACCACAACAACCUGUGCACCAACAACCAGUGCACCAACAACCACAACAACCUGUACACCAGCAAUCGUAACAACCACAACAACCUGUGCUCCAGAAAUAACAACUACAACAACAUGUACACCAGAAAUUACAACUACAACAACCUGUGCACCAGCAACCACAACCACGUGUGCACCAGGAAUUACAACUACAACAACCUGUGCACCAGCAACCACAACAACCUGUGCAUCAGAGACCACAACAAGCUGUGCAUCAACAACGACAACGGAAUGUGGACCCGUAAACGGAGUCUCCGGUUCUUCGAAGGCGAGGCCAACGUCUGUGAAAGUGCGACCAGCGAGACCCGUGCGCCCUGCCGUUCGUCCCGCAUUGGAAAUCGAUGAACUGUCGGCUCCCCAAGCCCAAGAGCUAACCAUGUCCACCUAUACAAAAUACGUGUGCCGCAACAAGCCAGAUGGCUUCAUGCUGGCGUCCCUGAAGAGCUGCUCCGACUACUAUAUCUGCCGGUAUGGAAAGCCACUGUUGGUGAGCUGCGGCGAUAAAUACUUCAACGCUCUGAAGGGCAUUUGCGAUCUGCCCGAGAACACGCGUUGCGUGCAGCCCCAAGCAUAAAACUUUACGAUGACUUCCUAAACGAAAUCACCAACGAAUUAGCCUCUAAGAGCACUACCUGACCCCACCUUGAUAUUUGUGCCCGAUCGAUUCUUUAUCAUAUGUACUAAAAUUUCAAUAUAUGCAAAAGCUAAUACAAGCUAAAAAAAGAUGUUAACAAGUUGGGAAUUAUAAAGUAUCCGUACUCCUUUUAGUUCAAAGCUUAAUAAAUACGUGACAACGCAUUACAUUCAAA